CCUCUCGCUCUCUCCACUUCCUUUCCCAGCAGCGCCUCUGAUCAUGGCGGACGUGGUUCAGGAGCAGGUAGUGGACCAGAACCCGGACCAGAGCCCGGUGGUACCGGAGCGGGAGCUGAACGGAGAGGCGGAGGAGGACCGGGAGGAGGCGGACCCGGUGGGAGAGACGGCGAAGAAGAAGAAGAAGAAGAAGAAGAAGAGCAAAGCAGCAACGACAGUUGCAGUCGCUGAGGCGGAGGGUGAUGGAGUGGCCGAAGUGACCAAACAGCUGGAGAAGCAGGCGAUAGAAGACAAAGAGAAAGAGGAGGACGGCGAGGAAGAUGGAGAUGAUGGCGAAAACGCGGCAGGGAAAAAGAAGAAGAAGAAAAAGAAGAAGAAAGGACCCAAAUCUCAGACUGAUCCUCCAUCUGUGCCCAUCUGUGAUUUAUUCCCAACUGGAGUAUUCCCCUUCGGAGAGGAGUGUGAAUACCCCAUCUUACAGGACAGUCGCAGCGCAGUGUGGCGCAUGACCAUUGAGGAGAAGCGCGUGAUGGAAAGAGCCAACGAGGAGAUGUGGAGCGACUUCAGACAGGCAGCAGAGGCCCACAGACAAGUCCGCCAGCACGUCCGCGGCUUCAUGAAACCCGGCAUGACCAUGAUCGAAAUCUGUGAGCGAUUGGAGGACUGCUCUCGUAAGCUGAUAAAGGAGGACAAGCUGAACGCCGGCCUGGCCUUCCCCACCGGCUGCUCCCUGAACCAUUGUGCUGCCCACUACACUCCCAACGCCGGAGACACCACAGUCCUGCAGUACGACGACGUCUGCAAGAUCGACUUCGGCACGCACAUCAACGGGCGAAUCAUUGACUGUGCCUUCACUGUCACAUUUAAUCCAAAGUACGACAAGCUGCUGGAGGCUGUGAGAGACGCCACCAAUACUGGAAUCAAACACGCCGGCAUCGAUGUGCGUCUGUGUGACGUCGGAGAGGCGAUUCAAGAAGUGAUGGAGGCCUACGAGGUCGAGCUUGAUGGCAAAACAUACCAAGUGAAGCCGAUCCGAAACCUGAACGGUCAUUCGAUCGGUCAGUACAGAAUACACGCUGGCAAGACGGUGCCCAUCGUUAAAGGAGGAGAAGCAACGAGAAUGGAGGAAGGAGAAGUUUAUGCCAUCGAGACAUUUGGCAGCACGGGUAAAGGAAUGGUCCACGAUGACAUGGAGUGCUCUCACUAUAUGAAAAACUUUGCCUACGGCCACAUCCCCAUCAGGCUGCCCAGAGCGAAGCACCUGCUCAAUGUCAUCAACGAGAACUUCGGCACAUUGGCGUUCUGCCGGCGCUGGCUGGACCGUCUGGGCGAGACUAAGUACCUGAUGGCUCUGAAGAACCUGUGCGAUCUGGGCAUCGUGGCUCCAUACCCACCCCUCUGUGACACAAAGGGCUGCUACACCGCUCAGUUCGAGCACACCAUCCUGCUCAGGCCCACCUGCAAGGAGGUGGUGAGCCGGGGAGACGACUACUGAUACUCCGACAGCACACCCCCCCCGCCACCUCCACCACACAGCACCCCCCAGACCCCGUUAGCUACUUCUUCUUCAACAGAAAAGAGCUUCUAAAACAGGAGAACAGCUUUUGAGGGAUGCCAAAACGCUGCUGUGUUCUACCCACAAUGCACCACUCACAGUUUGCAAGGAAGAAGGAAUGGCUUUCUAAGUUUUCUCUCAUCAACCACAGCUGAAUAAAUUGUAAACAAGCCAACACGAUUCUGUCGGAGGACGUAUCGUCGUUUCCUGCGGACCUCAUUUUACAAAAUAUUAAAACUGUCAAAGGUUUAUUUAAGCUGCUGCUGAAGCUAGUGCACCCCAGUAUUCAAAGAGACGGUGAGCGUGGGGAAACCCCGUAAGCCUCCCGUUCAUUUUCACUUUUCCAUGGCUCCACUCUGAGCCUCCAGUGCUUUAGUGUUCCACUUCAAUUCAGCACAAAUGUUACUGACGGGUUAAAGAUGUGGUUAGGCCGAUGCAUGGCCAGAAAUCUGUGCAAACAGACAACUCCUCUAACACUUAAAGUUCAGAGUGCGUCGUCGUAAUAAAUCUUCAUACGAGCGCCGUGCAUCUGCAGCUGUAUGUUUGGCUUCUGUUGCAACAGGGAGGGAACUCUGCACUCUGGCACUCUAGUCGUCGUUUCUCUGAUAUUUGUAAAAUAUCUUUGAAGUCGUCACUGCCACUGUUUGUUCCCCAGUUAAAAACGCUUCAUUUUGAACUCCCUGAUAAUGUUUUUGUAAGAAAAAAAAAAGUUGAUUAAAAUGAUUUUGCUCAUUGUG